AUGGUUUAUCAUGAAUGCCGAUUUUGCGAAACACACAGUCUUCUUGAAGCCUCUGGCUGAUAUGUUGACACCCAACGACUACCUCUUCCACAUUAACAACCGACAUCAUGUUGACUGAUAGCAUGCGGCGCGAAGAAGGCGCGGUUCGUGAACCGCAGCCAAUGCAUACACCACAGAAAUCCAGGGCGCGUUCCUUCUCCGACAGUACCCCAAAAUUGGAACCGUCACCCAAAUUCUUGGAGCCAACCAGGUCAUCCAAGGAUGACCACAACGUUGUCGCCAGCCCUAGUACCCCGCGUCGGCCUGACUUCCUCGCGAGAGGGCUUUCACUGCAGAUGCCACAGCGGGAGCUGCCCAUGUCCAGUCCUGCACACUUCGCGGCACGGGUCCCUCUGUCACCGCAACUCGACGCUCAUAACACGUACGCUUCGCCGGCGUCGCUGCUGCCGCGGCGUUCACGGGGUGCUGAAUUCUCGAGAGCCUGCACCCACCUCCACCACUCGACGCUACCUGACCAGUCAUCGCCUGACUCCUCGCCCACAAUCACACAGAAGGGGAUUAAAAUCCCCUCGAGAAAGCCUCGCGCCAAUUCCAUGAUCAUGGAGUCUCCCAACAUUGGCGCGCACGGCGGCUGGAGCAACAGCGGUAGAACUGCUCCAUCGAGCUCAGUGGGCAGCAUCAAUAUGUUGGGGUCCGAGGACUCAAGCAGUUCUUCCGAUGAGCUCGAUCCUUUGGACCCUGAUGACACCGACGAUCCCAUGAUCAUGACCCCGCAGGCUGCGAAGACACACAACAUCUUUAACAAUGUCAAUAACAGCCCUUUCGCAAACAUGUUUUCCACGAAUGGCAUACCCAACUUCAUGAGCAUACAGAGAGCCAGGCUGCGCAAAGGAAGAAGUCGGAAGAGUUCGAGCUCAGCAAGUGGUCACAGCUCCCUCGCAAGCCCUGGCGGACCAGCGUCGCCGCCGAACGGCAAAAGUGAAGGCUACUUCUCAAGAGAGUCCGUCCUACGCCGCGAAGGGACUCGACGGGAGAGUCUUUCACUCUUCACUAACGAUCUACACAUCUCUUCUGGCAACGACAGUGGAGACGAAGCUAGCACAAUGCCACAGACACCUGGCGUCAUUCGCAGGGCCGUAACGCGCAGGGGAAACCUCCUGCCGAAGUCGAGGCAAUUCGGUCGCAUCAAGGCGGAGCUGUUCGAUGAGUCAGCACCAGUCGACAGUGAGACCCGACGCGAAGCUGAGAUCAUUCGACAAGUACGAGAAAGCGACACAGACAUCGAGCGGUCGUCUAUGACGGCUCAGUCGUCACCCAGUCUACUACCUGCGGUGCCGGGCUUAGAUGGUCCGCUGGAGGGCGUACCUGAAGAAGAGAGCGAAGAGAGCAUGAGCCUGGAUGGAUCUACGACGAAGGGCUUAUUUGGCAUAUUUGGCUCGCUCAAUACUGGCCGAAGUUCAAUUAGCACCGACUUUUGGAAUCAUCGCCUGGCUCAAACCCCACCACCACCAUCGGUCCGCCGCGCGGAGUCCUCAGCGAUGAGCGAGGAUAUGAACAUGGACUCUCCUAUUAUUUCAGCAAAUAACGGCAAUGGCAUGCCGGCACCCGAUCAAAGCGUCAACCUUGGCUGGACCUCUCGAGCAUCAACACCACAGUCCAUGAAUCCUCCCACCGCCGCAGACGGAUUAAAGAAGUCUAAUAAGCGUCGACGCGAUGACGAUUUCGACGAGCAAUCUCUAAAGCGACGUGCCGUCUCACCUGGCUUGAGUGUGCACAACAGUCCUGUGAUCUCGCAAUCACCAAGUCAGCGCGACGGUAGCCUUUGGGGCACAUCGACAAAAGCAAGCCGAGAGACAUCGAUCAGUGGACAAUCAAACGGCGAGCGAUCGAACAGUGGAGGAAGUAUGAGCAUGACACCUACGUUGGGCCCUAAGCGCGUCGGGUUGCAGGGCAUGACGGACACCAGCGAUGGCCUCAUGAAGAUGAGCAUCGAGUAGGUUGUCGUUGCACGACUUUCCACAAUCUUUGUAGAUACCCUUUUUGAGCAUCGGGGUUCAGCGCGGCGUUCAGGGUGGGACAUUGCUCAUGCAUCGUGCAGUGCUUCAAGGCAGCAACUCAUUGUUCCAAAUAUACCCUUUUACUGUAUCGAAUGACAUUCAAUCAUCAACCAC